UUUCCCGGCUUGCAUUGAGCGCCACGUUUCGGGGCCACGUCGCGCAUUACUCGCCAUUUUCUCAUCCAGACCAAGGAAAACGUCAAUUUAGGUGCCUGACAGACCCUCUUGUAAGGUUUUAAACCUGCCAGUAACGGAGGCUAAAAGGUCGUAUUUGAUUUGACCGGCAUAGGUUCGUUCUAGCGAAGGCACAGCCGCCUGCAGCACCCAGCAGAAUCAUGAACAUUUUCAGACUCACCGGUGAUCUCUCACAUUUAGCAGCCAUCAUCAUCCUACUGCUAAAAAUAUGGAAAACCAGGUCCUGUGCCGGUAUCUCUGGGAAGAGUCAGAUCCUGUUCGCCUUGGUGUUCACCAGUCGCUACCUGGACCUGCUCACCUCCUUCAUCUCCCUCUACAACACCACCAUGAAGGUCAUCUACAUUGGCUGUGCAUACGCCACUGUGUACCUGAUCUACGCUAAAUUCAAGGCCACCUAUGACGGUAACCAUGACACCUUCAGAGUGGAGUUCCUGGUUGUCCCCGUAGGAGGGUUGGCGUUCCUCGUCAACCACGACUUCUCUCCCCUCGAGAUCCUGUGGACGUUCUCUAUCUACCUGGAGUCAGUGGCCAUCUUGCCCCAGCUCUUCAUGAUCAGUAAGACGGGCGAGGCGGAGACCAUCACCACCCAUUACCUGUUCUUCCUGGGUCUGUACCGGGCUCUCUACCUCAUCAACUGGAUCUGGCGCUUCUACUUCGAGGGAUUCUUCGACAUGAUCGCCAUCGUGGCCGGUGUUGUUCAGACAAUCCUCUAUUGCGACUUCUUCUACCUGUAUGUAACGAAAGUACUGAAAGGAAAGAAGCUGAGUCUGCCAGCCUAAGUGCCAAAGAUCAGCGAUUUGGCAGACUCACUGGGGGGGUGGCACAUGAGUUGCCCCCCUCCCAUCCCCCCCUCCUACCGCCAGUGUAAGAUGCCUGAGACAGAGAGCGAGCUGCUUACAGUUUGUCCUGUUUUUUUACCACUAUCAGCGACACCCAGGGGCCUGUUCAGGAGGGUGCAAACGUCAGAGUGCUCAGAUAGAAAUGUAUUGUAUAGAACAGAUUGUUAUGUAGAGCUAGGGAAUUGUCAGCUCUAAUAAUUAUAUUUCUAUCUGCGACGCUUUCAAAGCUUCACCUUGCUGAAUGCAACCCAGAACAAACCCAAAAAGGCCUUCGGGCUUCUGUUUGAUGCAUCUUGCCUGACCUUUUUUAUUACUCUGUAUAAAGAAAGAAAAAGUUUUCUACAUAAAAAUGUGUACUCUCUGUAUGAUGAUUUGACACAUUAGUGAAUGAGAGCUGAAAACAUAAAUUGCCUGUGAUUUGACACUGUAAAAUAUUGGAGCGGACCUCUUGUGGUGGGAUAUAUUUGACUAAAUCCGUUUUAGUAUUUUCAAUCUCAAAUGUGCAUUUGUUUUUUUUCCUGAAUCCAAAACGUGGGGAAGUGUAAUGGAGUUUUAUCCCCUUGGCUUUGGCUGGCAAACUUUGUUUUGAGGAUACUAAGUUUGAUGUUUUUCUCUUUCUGACCCAGUGUACUUCCUGUAUAAAGAGGGCCAGUUAAACAACUGUUCAUUCAUGCCCUGGUCAAUACUUAAUAUAUCCCCAAACUGACAGAUUAAAAAAAUCUAAUGAAUGUUAAGUUUGAAUUUACCUGUAAUUGUCACCUGCUAUUUGAAUGAACUGUCAGUAGUGAUAUUUGAGAUCUAUCACUUACACCCCCAAAGAGUUUUCACUGAGAUGCAGUAUUGAUAAACUGCCUUAUCUUCAUUGCUGUGAAUGGCUUUCUUCAUUUAAAUUUACACUAAAACAAAUGUAUUCUCAUUUUCUUCACCCAUGGUUUGAUGGUGUAUCACCUGUAUCUAUAUUUUAUUACCUGAGUGUCAUUUCAAAAUGGCACUUCUAAGUGUUUAAAAUGAGUCCAUUCAAUGGCAAUAUACUGUAGGCUACUAAUGCAGACAUCAGCUCCUGAAACCAGUCGGUGUAUGCAGAUUCAUAUGUAGUGUUUCUUAACAAUGUCCAUAGAAUUGUCUACAUGAUGUGCAUAUUGUUGAGCUGACUUUAGAAGAUCUGUUGAUCUUUGUGACAAACCUGAUUCUAUGGGCAUUGUUGAAUUGGAAGCAUUAUUUGGCCUCACAUGCAGAUCAUUCCAAUUUGUUUUUUACUGAGCUUUCUUUUGCAUGAUGUUGCCACCACAAAUAAAGAUUUUACGGAAAACAAUUGA